CUCGGGGGAGGGGCUAAAUGGAAGUUGCAUGGUUUGAUCAGAGGAGAGUUGUGUUUUAAACAGUCCAACACUAUUAGUUAAUCAGUAAAACUGAUUAGAUUAAUUUAAGGUCUAAUAAUCACAGAUUUAAGUAUUAAUUUCGGUUCACUGUGAAGCAUUGUUGCUGUAAGCUGACUUCUUUAAUCCUUCCUUGAAAUGAAAGCGGGCGUGCUCCACUGUCGAUGUGCCAAAUGUUUCUCUCUCCCUGUACGGAAGCGGAUCCGAAAGCGUGCGUCUGCCGUCACGCUGCUGUCUCUUCCUGAAGAGCUGCUCCUGUAUGUCCUCCAAUGCCUCUCCGCUGAGGACCUCCUCGCCGUCCGAGCGGUUCAUUCUCAUCUUCGUGACAUUAUUGAUAGUAACUCAAGUGUUUGGGCACGAGUAAGUUUCAAAGACCGCUGGCCGGCCCCUGAUACCGUUUGGCUCUUUGAGAGGGCUGCAGAGAAGGGAAACUUUGAAGCUGCUGUGAAACUAGGAAUUGCGUAUUUGUACAAUGAAGGGCCCUCGCUCAGUGAGGAGGGACGUGCUGAUCUGUGCGGCCGCAUGGCGUCUCGGUACUUUAGCCUGGCCGAGAGCCUCAGGUCCCCGCUGGCCGACCCGUUCAUCUGGCUGUUCAUCCGCCCGCCGUGGUCCAUGUCUGGAGGCUGCUGUAAGGCUGUGGUGUACGACCGGCUCGAGGCGGAGUGUGAGACCAACCUGGGACGGAGAGGGACGUUACUUUACUGCUUGGCUAGAGUCCUUCAGCUGUUUGAUGAUGAGGAAAAGCGUGACGAGGCUACGUCCAUGCUGAAGGAGUCGGCGCAUUGCGGGAGUGUGCAGAGCUCGUAUCUGCUGUGGGAAAUGAACCGUGGCACGUCGGCGGCCGACCCCGGCAGGUAUCUGCAGUGCAUGCGCACGCUCAGGGACUACGCUGCCAAAGGAUGCUGGGAAGCUCAGCUGGCGUUUGCGAAGUCAUGUGGCACCGCUAACCCUCUGGGUCUGGAGCCGCGGGCCUGCGCUGAACUUGUGGCCCAGUUCUUCCACUCCGGACCGUCACCCCUGCAAUACCCACAAAAUCUGCAGGGACAGGACAUCACCACUAAGAGGUAUAUUCUAGUGGACUGGCUGGUGGAGGUGACUACCAUGAAAGACUUCUCUAGCCAAGUGCUGCAUGUGACCAUCGGAUGUGUGGACCGCUAUCUGAGCCUGCGUUCAGUGCCCAAGGCCCAGCUGCAGCUCCUGGGUAUCGCCUGCAUGGUGAUCUGCACUCGAUACAUCAGUAAAGAGAUCCUGACCAUCCGUGAGGCGGUGUGGCUCACUGACAACACCUAUCAGUAUGAAGACCUGGUGCGCAUGAUGGGGGAGGUCAUCUCCGUGCUGGACGGGAAGAUACGGACGGCCACGGUGCUUGAUUAUGGGGAAGUGCUGCUGUCAUUGCUCCCUGUGGAGCGGCGCAGUUCUCACCUCUUCAAAUACAUCUGUGAACUCUCUCUUCUCUGCUCGCCUCUCACCGUACCGGGGCCGGCCCGACUCGCCAGCGCCAUCCUGCUGCUCACCAGAGCACUGCACAACUAUGUUCCUGUGUGGCCCAUCCAGCUGGAGGAAAACACGGGUUUCUCCAAGCAGGAUCUUGUCUCCUGUGCUUUAUCGCUCUACGUCAAGUGUUUCGGUCAAGAUGUGCCCAAAGACUACAGACAUGUGUCUCUGACCGGGGUCAAACAGAGGUUCGAGGAUGAUGCGUACCAGCAGAUAAGCAAAGACGUGGUGAUGAGCUUUAAGGAGCUAUGUCAGGUGUUGGAGGUCCCAGAGGUGGAGCCGCAGGUGGAGGCGCCCAGCGCUAGCAGCCAGCUAACAGAGAUGCACACCUUCCUGUCCUCUCCCGCCAGCAACAGCAAGAGGAGACGAGAGGACAGCAUGCAGGCGCACAGGGGAAGCUUCCUGGCCACGCCCACAGCCGAGCUGUCCAGUCAAGAGGAGAUGCUGCUGGGAGACAUCCUGGACUGGAGCCUCGACACUUCCUGUUCAGGCUACGAAGGCGACCGGGAGAGUGAGGGCGAGAAGGACGGAGAAAUUUCGGCGAUGGAGGUGCAGAUGGAGCUGCCGGUGGAGUGUGGUGAUGGGAAGCCGCAUUGUUGCGCGCUCUCCAGCGAUGACGACAGUAUUUGUGAGGAACCCAUCGAGGAGGAGGCGGCGACGUGGGGGAGCAGCAGUCGAAGCAGCCCCUGGAUACGCCACAUAUCCUCUUCCUCGUCUUCCUUUUGCACAGACCGCCGCAGCUCGGGCUACUCCUCCAUCCAAAGCGUUCCCAGUCCAUCCGUCUCUUCAUCUUUGGUCUCUCCCCAAAAUCUUUCUGGUUUCCGCCUCCUGCUGCCGCCCGCGCAGAGGACCCGCCGGCAGGUGAAGAGGAAAAACACAGCUGCGCACAGUGGAGGAGAGGCGGAGCGCGAAGAGGAUGCUGCCAAUGUGGCCUUCUUCAGCCUGUGAUUGACUUAACGCAUCACUUCCUGGCCACCCGCCAGGAGCACUUUGGUUCACGGGUGGUCUUUAUCUCAGAGGGACAACAGGCGAAACGUCUAUUUUCUGAGCUUUAAGUAAGAACAAAGGUCAUGUUUUUUCUUCCCAUAAUGCAUUUCACUUCAGCUCCUGACGACAGGAGCGCCUUCGCUCGACUGUUGCUGUUGACAAGCAACGUGAUUAAUGCCUCAAAUGUGUUGAAAUCACUGGAACUGUCUCUGUUUUUUGAAGUCUUGUGUACGUUGUCUUGCGUCUUCGUAAGUAUUUAAAACCGGACUGUUUACAGAAUAUGACUAUUAUAGUUUAUCAAAUGUGCAAAUGUUUAUUUUUACAAAGUUACAUGCAGCUAUGGAGGAAACCGACUCAAUCCAUGAAGUUUCAUGCUGAUUAAUGCACUGUCCGAACGAAACUGGUUUGUUUACGCGGAUGUUUCUCGCCACGUAUCUUGAUUAUUUAUCUUGAACUCCAGUGUUUUUGUAUUCGUGCAUUGCUUUGCGUUCGCCACAUCUUCUGCCAAAGUUCUUAAAACUUUCAUACUGUUUUCGAAAAUGCUUUUUUGGUUGUGAUACCACUGAUGUUUUGACCUGUGAAACCUGUAAACGUACAGUACAUCUGUAUGAAUUUUUCCAUGUGACAGAUCCAAUGCAACAGCCAAUGAAUGUGAUCGUUUGACAUGCUUUUUCGUAAUGACCUCGAGAGAUACCGAGCACUUUUUUAUGACACAUGCUGGAAAGCGAAAUGAUGCUUCGUAACGAGUCUCGAUGUUUUAUCUUUAAUAUGCUUGAACAAUCAACCAUACAUAUAUAUUUGUGAGUGUUCAUCUGUUUGAGGUUAUGACACUAAAAGCAUUAAGUUAUUAUAUUUGAGCAGGUCUUGUUGGUACUGUAUGUCGAACGUCACUAAGGAUUGCGACUGUAAAUAAUUAUUCCUUGUUUAUAACUGUAAAUAAAUAAAUGUAUGAAGCUGUGAAAGGCCAUGUGAACUUGAAAACAGACGUGUGUUUGUUAUAUUCUGAAAACCACAAUAAAACAAUGCAGUAGUUACA